UAUAAAUUUUUUUCUGAUGCAAACAUUCUUUAGUCCACUUGUUCUCGAACUAGAGUUCAUACCCCACAGGCCCACACUCAUCCUCUAUAUCUUUUUGUUCUUCAUUUCUUUGAAUUUAUUCAACUUUUUAUUUUCCUUGCUCUGGUCUUGACAUUCACACAACACCAUAAGCAUGUUUUGAGAUCUGGUUUCAUUUCAACCAAGUGUGUCAUUGUCUUUCCCAUUUGUUUGUAAUAAAAAAUGGAGGCAUUUGAAGUAGUGAACGAAGGAAUUGGAAUGCAAAUUGAGUUCAUUUGGAGGAAAAUUAGAGAGCCAGUGAUUGUGCCAAUGCUGAGAGUUGCAGUGUUUUUGUGCCUAGGCAUGUCGUUGAUGAUGUUGGUUGAUAAAGUUUAUAUGGGAAUUUCGAUUUGUUUGGUGAAGAUGUUUGGUAGGAAACCAGAGAAGCGUUAUAAAUGGGAGUGUUUUGAGGAUGAUCUUGAGUUGGGAAACUCUAAUUACCCAAUGGUUCUUGUUCAAAUUCCAAUGUAUAAUGAAGGAGAGGUCUAUCAGUUAUCAAUUGGUGCUGCUUGUGGACUAUCUUGGCCUUCUAAUAGGCUCAUCAUCCAAAUUCUUGAUGAUUCAACUGACCCAACUAUCAAGGAGUUGGUCCAGGUGGAGUGCAAUAUAUGGGGAAGCAAAGGAGUGAACAUAAAGUAUGAAGUUAGAGACAACAGAAAUGGUUACAAAGCUGGUGCUCUAAGAGAAGGAAUGAAACAUAGCUAUGUGACACAAUGUGACUAUGUUGUCAUCUUUGAUGCUGAUUUUCAACCACAACCUGAUUUUCUCCGCCGAACCAUUCCUUUCCUUGUCAAUAAUCCUGAAAUUGGUCUCGUGCAAGCUCGCUGGAAAUUUGGUAAGCCCGGGCGGAGGGAGUUGGCGACAGAGCUUCGACAGCCAGCGGCAGUUGGUCAACAACGACAAUCUAGAUUAGUUAUGGAUGGUGAUUUGUAUGUGUCAGUGAAUGCCGAUGAAUGUUUGAUGACGAGGAUGCAACAAAUGUCACUCGAUUACCAUUUUAAAGUGGAACAAGAAGUGAGCUCUUCAGCUUACGCCUUCUUUGGCUUCAACGGAACUGCAGGUGUAUGGAGAAUUUCAGCAUUGAAUGAAGCUGGCGGGUGGAAAGAUAGGACCACAGUGGAAGAUAUGGAUCUUUCUGUACGCGCAAGUCUCAAAGGAUGGAAGUUCUUAUACCUUUCCAAUUUACAGGUUAUAAACGAAUUGCCAAGCACUUUAAAGGCCUUUAGAUAUCAACAACACCGAUGGUCAUGUGGUCCUGCCAAUCUCUUCAGAAAAACCGCUAUGGAGAUUUUCGCAAGCAAGAAUGUGUCUCUAUGGAAGAAAAUAUAUAUUCUUUACAGUUUUUUCUUCGUUCGGAAGAUUGUGGCACACGUCAACACAUUUGUGUUCUAUUGUAUUGUGUUACCCGCAACCGUUGUGGUGCCUGAAGUUGUUGUCCCUAAAUGGGGAUCUGUUUAUAUUCCUUUCGUCAUCACCCUUCUAAAAUCCGUAGGAACACCAAGGUCAUUCCAUUUAGUGUCCUUUUGGAUUCUCUUUGAAAAUACGAUGUCUCUCCAUCGAACAAAGGCGACAAUUAUUGGUCUAUUAGAGGCUAGUAGAGUGAAUGAAUGGGUUGUCACCGAAAAACUUGGAGCUACUCUCAAGGCUAAAGGUGGGGGUAAAGUAUCCAAAAAUAUUCAACUUAAGAUUGGAGACAGGAUUGGAAUGUCAGAACUUUGUGUUGGACUUUACCUCCUAUUCUGCGGUUCAUAUGAUGUUAUGUAUGGGAAAAAUCAGUUCUUCGUAUUCCUAUACAUCCAAUCGAUUGCUUUCUUCAUCCUGGCGUUUGGAUAUGUUGGCACUGUUGUUCCCAACUCGUAGAAGAACUUGGCAUGAGCGAUUCAUUUACCAAUUUCUAUUUUUUUACUUCAAUUAUGUUGUAGUAUAGUAUUCAUGUGGAGAAUUUUGUUGAUGAGAAAGUUUCAUUUUUAACAAAUAAUUUGAUAGAGUAACUUAGAAUUCGAGUUAGAUUUAUUGAAUUUAUAGUUAAUAUGAAUUACAAGGAUUGCAAGGUAAAAGAAAGCAUAGUGAAAAUGUAGUAGAGAAAACAAAAAACAAGAAUUGAAAGAUAAAUAUGUGUAUUAGAUGUAGGGAGAGA